AUGGAUUCCUGUACCACAGUUGUGGAGAAGCUGUCUGCUUAUAGAUAUGCAUUCGGUGCUAGAAAGAACAUCCAAGAUGUUCUUGCGAAUUUUUCAGAGUCAGAAAAAGACCAGAUGAUGGCAGUUAGCGAAGAAGUAGACAAGUCUUCAGAAAACGUCAAAGCGCUGUUACAGAACUUACCCGUCAAAAUACUUUUCGGUUCUUUCUUGUUUUUUGUUAAAGAUAAAGCCCAUGCUCAUGCUGGACAUGUGCUAAGUGAAAAGCUUUGCAACGAAUUUCUCUCUUUGCCAUUGGAUUUAAACAACAAGAGCCUUUUCAGUCGGAAUGUUGAAAUCAUUCAAACUCUUACUGAAGAGCUACCUCCCGGAGUCUUUUCCCUGCUUCAAGCUUUCUUUACUACGGUUCAAGAAGUGUACCAAAAACUUGAUGGUGAUUACCAAGAAAACAUCCAGUUCUUUGCCUCCAUAUCUGCAGUUGUAUGUCCUCGUAAAUGCGUACAUAAAAUGUAUCCCAUUGUCGAGUUUAUUUCUAUAGCCACACCCUAUCUUUGGAAAGGUCUAUCGAAAAAAGUAUCCUCGGACACAGAUUUUCAUUCAGCACGGUCUCGGUUUGCGGAUCAACUUAACAAUCCGCUUCCAAGGGACUCGAAGAGCUUGCCAAACAAUAUACAUCUUCAUAUCACACAACCAAGUCCGGCACCCAGUGGUGAUUUUAAUGCACCUCCUGUUCCAGCACACGCUAUAAGCCUGUCUUCCACUUCCGAUGUUCGUUCUGUUGUUUCUUCCAUGUAUACGUCUUGCCGCUCUUCUGUGUAUUCCGCGGACAGGACAAAUAGCAGAGUCGACACAGCAAUGAACGAAUACAGUACCGAUGAGGACACUCAGGUAUUAAUGUCUUCAAGUCUGCUCGACAUUCCCGAGCUAAAUUUAGGAAGUACUACCUUGACACGUCAUUCCUCACGGUCGUCUCAUUCUUCUGGUCCGGCAUAUGUUUCUAUUGAUCAAUAUAAUGUCCUAAAAGAAGAACUCAAAAAUCUACGAUGUAAGCUCCAUGUUGCUGCGCAAGAUUACAAAGAAUCAAGGGAGGAGAUUGAUGCACUUUAUGAAACUGUUGACGAAGAGGCCGCUGCCUUUAAACGUUUCUGGGCCGCGGAAAAAGAAAAACUUCAACAAGAGAAGAUGACUAUUUUACAACUUGUUUAUGAGAAGGAAAACAAAUUAAACCAGUCUGAACUUGUUCAAAGCUAG